AUGGUGUCUGCUCGGCUGGUUGAUUGUCCUGAUAUACCAGAAGAAACAGAGAUGCAGCCAAAUCCAGAUAUGAUGUUUGCAGCCGGUGAGAAACCAGUUGGGGUUCGUGUUCUUAGCUAUCAAUCAUCUAGUGCUUUAAAACGGAUUUUUAAUGCGUUAGACGAAGGAGAAUUAGAUAUUAUAAGGAGAUCUUCUUUUGGGAAGUUGAUAGAGAUUGCCGACAAACCAGUUUUUUCUGGUAGAUUCGCGCGUUAUAUGUUGUCAAGGCAGCUGAAAACGAAGAAGAAGCACGAAGCGUGGUUUCGAUUUGCUGGUAAACCGGUCCGGUUUUCACUUCUCGAAUUUGCGAUUGUGACGGGCCUACCAUGUGGUCAAUUUCCCCCGAAGUCAAAGAUGAAGCUAAAGGAAACAAUAACUGAGCAACGUUAUUGGCCGUCGUUAUUCGGAAAAGUUGACACGGUGACCGUCUCUUCCGUCAUCAAGAUGCUGUACCGGAAAACAGUCAAGGAUACGGAGAUCCGGAUCAAAUAUGCAUGUCUGGCGCUGCUUGAAUCUGUUUUGCUGCCAACAAGCUUAAAGAUGAAGAUAUCAAGAGAUCAUGUUGAAGCUAUAAAAGAUCUUGAUGCGUUUUUUGCCUAUCCUUGGGGGAGAGUAGCAUUUGACAUGCUUAUGGGGAGUAUCAAAGAGAGAGAUGAGAUAGCUUUGUCGCAAAACACGAUUGCUAUAAAAGGAUUUGUUCUUGCAUUACAGCUUGUUAUGGUAGAAGCAGUACCGGCGUUGACAGAUGUUGUGCAAGAUACGUGUUCAUCAUCCGAAUCAGAUAGUGAAGAUGUGGAUGGACAUGGCCGUGAUAUUUUCUGUAAGAAACAGACUCUGAACCCUGCACACGCACGCAAUGUAGAUAAGAGAAUUGAUGUUCUCGUAAAUAGCGUCUUGGUUGAAGAUCCGACCGGGCCGAUAAACGCGGGAAAUUUGGUUUAUUCAGACGAAGAACAUGAUGCGCGAGUUGAAAGCAUGUUAGUGCGCAUUAGCCGUAGCCAUUGUUUCAAUAAUUCUGAUUUUCCCUCUGGCCUUAAAAAGAGUGAUGUUGAUCGUAUGCGAGAAGUGGUUAAAUCAACUACAAAGCCAAAGAGAGCUAAGAAGUUCCAGUCUAAUGCGCAAGACAGUGAGACCAGUUAUAUCGUUCAGGUUGUGCUAGAGAAAAUUAAAUCUGAGGUUGCUUCAAUGGAAAGAAACAUCAAAGUGGCGACUUCUGGAGUAGAAGCAAUAGAACAGAAAGUUGGUGUCUACGUUGAAACAUUAUUAGAAAGGUUUAAGGAAGAAAUGCUCACAUUUGUCACCGAAAAGGUUUCUACUCUCUGGAAAGAGCACAUAGGUUCUUUGAGUGGAGCAGGAACCAUUCCAACGUCUCCCACGAAAGAAGUAUCCGUUCCUGCGACUCAUUCAAGUCCGGAUGCUGAUGUCAAUGCCAUGACUAUACAAAACGUGCUGCGAGAUAUUAGUCAGUACUCUACUCCUCCAAGAUCCAAUCGUAUGAGCGAAGCUGGGAAUCUCACUCCAAGUAAUAAAGCUCAUGCUGGAUCUGGAUAUGUUUGCGUCACACCGGUACUUCAGUCAUGUGCACAGUCAGCUAACAGCGAAAAUCGUUCUAGGCAAAACUCCUUCCAUCAACGUUUGGAAGCGCUUAUUCCGGUUGAAGUUCCUAUAUUGCCGACAAACCAGGUUCAUCAUCAGGAACCUAUAGCCGACAUUAAUGUUGGUGACAACAAUGAAGAAGGCCAAUCAUCAUGGAGAAGUAAGAGGCAGAAGACGGUUCCAUCAGGUCUCGUUUGUGAUUAUCAAUGUGAUCCGCAUUUACUUGCUCGUCUUAGGGAAUCUCAGAAGUGCAUAUUUGUUAUACAAGAUAUAUCUGAACAGACAAGAAAGUAUGCAAAACUGGUUACCAAAUUGCAAGGGAAAUUUGUGUUCAACAUCUUGGGAUUGGCAGUAUCUGCAAAGGAACUACUACUAAUUGUGGAUCGACCUCGUACUUACUCUGCUAAGGUUUUUGAUAUUCUAAUUCGAGUUCUACGUUCGGUUAUGACUCCAUUGCUGCCUCCUCAAGGUUCUCGGAGUGCUGCAUUUCUAGAUACCAAAUUUGUCCCUUCUAUUAUGAGGACCUUCCCAAAGUGUCUCAAGUCGAAAAAUAAAGAAGGUUACCUAUUUCCUAAAGGGCUUACUAGGAUUUUCCCUUCAAAAGAAGCUCUGAUGCUCCAUCCAACAAGGUAUUACUUUCCAUUGAAUGUUGCGAACAAACAUUGGGUAGGAAUCUGUUUUGAUGCUGGUUGUGGGAGUAUUAUCAUCCUUGAUUGCAAUUUGGCAUUGCACAAGGAUGCCGCACUGGAAAAAAUUAUAAAGCCAGUCGUGCAGAUGUUAUCCUAUCUUGCUAGAUAUGCAUGUCAACCUUUGGGAGCAGAGCCUGUGAUUCAGUGUUAUGAUGUUGCUAGGCCAAAGUCAGUAGCUCAGAGUAAAGUUCAUGUUGACUCUGGGUUGAUGGCUUUGUUGAUGAUGGCGUAUCACGCCCUCUAUGGCCUCGAUGCGUGUAAGACAAUAACUAGAGAAUUGCUUGAAGAGGAAGGGAAGAGUGCAGCAAUAUUGGCGUAUGAGUUCAAGGAGAAGUUGUAG